UAUCCCACGCCUCUUAACGUAACCGUCGGCUAGUCUCCUACUUUAGGCCGCCGUCACUUCUCUCGUUGGUCCGCCACUCUCCGCUUUGUAACCACCAUCACAACCUUCUUCACCGCCUCUUACACCCAAAAGCACCGGUUUGGAUAUCGCUAUGGAGGAGCAAUCAUUCUUUAACAAGUUCCUUAUCAACCUUCGUUCCAAUUGCAAAUAUUAUACAGGCUAUCCUAAGGAUCUUGGACCAUCGAGGGUUAUUCACUUUACCUCAGAACGGGAAUUUGUCCAACUUCUCCAUCAAGGCUACCCUGUAGUUGUUGCAUUUACGAUCAAGAGUAACUACACCAAACAUCUUGACAAAGUUCUAGAGGAGUCUGCAGCUGAGUUUUAUCCACAUGUAAAAUUUUUACGUGUCGAAUGCCCGAAGUACCCUGGUUUUUGCAUAACAAGACAAAAAAAGGAAUAUCCAUUUAUAGAGAUAUUUCAUAGUCCAGAACAGGCAGCUGCUCAGGGCAGGGUUGCUGAUCCUAAUAUUACCAAAUACGCAGUCAAAGUUUUACCUUUCAACUAUGAUCUCAGUGCUUAUGGAUUUCGUGAGUAUUUCAAAAGGCAUGGAGUUCGAACAUCAGAUUCCAAUUAAAAGUUAAGGAGUAUCCAGCAUGGUAUAUGAUUUUACCAGUUUGGACAACUUGCACUGGCUUUCUUUUAAAUUAUCGAGCACGAAAGUGAAAAAGCUGUUUCAAAACGAGAUCUCCUUUGCCUCUCCAGAACUCGAACUUAAGUUUUUUUGAAAAAUAGGCACUGUUAUUCUUCCAUGAAUUUUGCUUUUUCCAAAUCCUUUUCAACAGUAAUAGCCAUUUGUGACACAAGCUGGUAGAGUGUGAUAAAGAACUUAAACUUGAAGCUGAGCUCAUAUUAGUUGGCUCGUCAGAUACAGAAGUUUCGAUGUUUAUAACUUGUGAAAGAUCUCGCGGAAUUCAGUAGCUAUCAGGGAUGUUACGACCAAUGCAGACUACGAUGGAUGAGUUACUGAUUUAUGAAGUACAAUUUCUUGUACAACUUGUAAAGAAUAAUGUUCUUGUUUCCCUCUAUUCAGUACCCUUUUGAAUAUCUUGGUCCUGUGGUACUAAAUUAAAUUGGGACUUCUCUUUCUUGCCUUGUUAAGUAUAGCAGAUUAGAGAGAAAUGUAACCAGCCCAUGUAGAACAUUUAUGAAUAAAAUCUUCUAUAAUGACCUUUUUUUCUA